AUGUUUCCCAAAAUUCUCCUAGCAGUCGUCUUCCUCCUAGGGUUGUUUAGCAGUGCCCUGGCAUUAGGCGAGCUCGGAAUUACACGAGACACCUCAAUCGGCGAUGGCAAUGCCAGGCAAGCCUACAACUCGAAGUGCACCUUCAAAACGCAACCAGGGAACGCAGACUUCCUGAAGAUGAUCCAUGCAGCCUAUAAUGAAAUGAAAGCUAUCUCCCUCUCGAAAAAGCAAAACGACAACCGUCCAAGCGCGAUGAUUGGGCUAUCCAUCGGCAACGAAGUCUACUUUGCUUCUUCCGUGACGGGCCCGAAGCAGUUCAUCUACCAUCAGGUGUCUUGGAAAGGCGGCGAUGGCACACUAAACCCCGAUCUCUCAGCCGAUUUCAAGGAGGUCACCGACGCUUUAAAAGAAUGUGCCGAAAAAAGCACAACCGGCCGCCCGCAGCACGGGAACAAUGCAAAUUGUGGCGAGAUCAUGUCAACCCUUUUGUGGAUGGUCGACCACGAGGGUAAAAGCCCGAGAGAUCACAGCCCCAAGAUUGCUGCAUACAAUGAAAAGGGCUACCUUAAACCUUGUUCAUCCGACCCGGGUGAUGUGAAAUGGGGGUGCGCCCAGUGGACCCAGAUUAUGGGAUUAGAAGUUGUGCAAAACAUAGCCAAUCUUAACCUUGAGGCUCAUGAUUUCCCCAAGCCAGAGGAGGAGCCCAAGCCACUCAUGCUAUCAAAUUGCCAGACUGUUGAGGUUGACAAGAAGAAGACCAAGCCAAGCCAGGAAUGA